AUGACGAAUACAAAGCUCAAGGUGGCGGUGUUCGACGGAUCCGGUGACUUCUGCUUUUGGAAGACACGGAUGCUGGCUCACCUGAGGAUUUUAGGUCUCAAGGGAGUUCUGAAGGAGCAAGAAUCUAUUGCUCCUCCGACUGAGGCGGAAGAGGCAGAUCCGGAGAAUAUGAAGAAACGGAUCGAAGAUGAAAAGUCAAGAAGGGAGCUGUGUGAGAAGGCGUUAGAUAUUAUUUUUCUAAACAUCGGCGAUAAGGUUCUAAGGAAGAUUGAUCAGUGUACGACUGGAGCUGAAGCAUGGUCAAUGCUCGAACGGUUGUAUCUGGUAAAUUCUCUGCCAAUUCGGGUGUACCUACAACUCAAGGUUUACAACUAUAGGAUGCGAGAUUCAAAUUCAUUGGAUGACAACAUCGAUGAGUUCUUGAAGAUGAUAUCGGAUCUGAAUAACCUUCAGAUUCAAGUUCCAGAUGAGGUUCAAGCAAUCUUGAUUCUGAGUUCUCUACCAGAGAAGUAUGAUAUGUUGAAAGAGACACUUAAGUACGGAUGA